AUGGAUCAGCAAGCACUCCAAGCAUUAAUGGUUGGGCUUGAAAUUGCUGUCCAAGCAACAUGCAUUGGCCCCUGCCUUCAUGACCUGUACCCCCUUGUGUCUAACAUUGAGCAAGUCUUUGACUGGCUCAGUGGUCUUGUGAAGCCACAAUCAUUUUCAAGCUGUGAAUUGACUGGGGAAGGACCGCUCAGGCAGCCCACAGUUGGGGGGACCCUGGAACAUGUUCAGGAGGGAGCUGGGAGGGCAGGGGAUGCAUGGGCAGUGAACAGAAGCAGGAGGGUACCCAGGGAGGGAUUUCGAACAGACUAUCUGGCUGGAUGA